AUGUGGGCUGCCCCCAAAUGCUUCUCCUCGAUUGUGAACCAGUGCCUCAAAGGCGUCGUGUCCUUGCGGAUCUCGUGCUCGGAGCCACCCAAGUUUUACGAGCCCGAAGACGCACAAAGCUCGGACAACAGACAGGAAAAUCCAUCCACAGUCCCUCAGCCUGCGCCAGUGUCGGUCCAUCCGAAGACGGUUCACGAUAUGUGUUUCCCGCAGGUUGUCUGCAGAACCCUCAGCCGUUCCCUCCCCUCUCUUACUCGACUCACCAUCGCCGGCGUCCGACUUUGCAACUUCACCGACUUUGCCAACGUCCUCGGCGGCUUCCCGCUUCUUAAAUACCUCGCGUGCCGCAACUGUGUCCCCGCGCCCGGACAUGCAGGGUUCAUUCCAAGUCUGCUGCAGAUGCUCCUUCCUGAUGUGCUCGACUACCUCCACAUCUGGGGAUUCCAGGAGCUCGUGGACGUCGAAGAUUCAUCUCUUGUCCACUUUUUCGUCGACGCGCGUCCUCAUCGUGUGGUCGCAGGCAUGAACGACGGUCUUUCCCUCGGCCGUUUUUCUUCGCUCCGCAAGCUCGAGGUUGACCUGAAUUGGGAUGUCCUUCGGCUCCGGCAGAUUGACGACGUCAUCGUCGUCCUCCAGGCGACGCUUGAGAAGUGGUCCGUCGCGCGACCCCCGAAGCUGGUGCAGGCAGCACCGAAAAGCGCGGCGAGGAGCCAGUGGUAA